AUGGCUCAACCGACUCUCACGGAGAACACAUUUACCCAUAGUGGGGACAAGCAAACCUUCUACUGGUCGGCCGGGCCCACCGACGGCCCACUCAUCAUCUUCAUCCACGGCUGGCCGGCCAACGGCGAGACGUGGAAGCCGCAACUGCUGGCGCUGGCGGCGCUCGGCUUCCGCACCGUCGCGCCGGACUGCCGGGGCUACGGGCGGUCCAGCGUGCCCAAUGCGAACAACAGGCGGGCGUACGCGCUGGCGGAGCACGUCGGCGACAUGCGGGCGCUGCUGACCCACUUGCAAAGGAAUAAGGCUGUAUGGAUCGGGCACGACUGGGGCGCGGGCUUGGUGUGGGGCUUCGCGGCGCACCACCCGGAGCUGUGCGUGGCCGUGUCGUGCCUGGCCGUGCCGUACCGCGCCGUCGAGAAGGGCAUCGAGUCGCUCGUGGCCCUGUCCAACCGCGACAUCUACCCGGCCGAUCAGUUCCCGCUCGCCCAGUGGGACUACCAGGCCUUCCACGUCGAGGAGCCCGAAAGCAGCGCCCGCCUGCUCGAAAACGACGUCGCCAACACGGUCAAGCUGCUCUACUCGCCGGGCAACCCGGCCGACUACGGCAAGCCGGCCUUCACGGCCUUGUUGCGCAAGACGGGCGGCUGGUUCGGCGGCUUGGACCGCGCGCCCGAGACGCCGUUUGAGACGUCGCUGCUCGCCCACGACAAGGGCAUGUAUGAGAGGCUCGUCGCUGAGUUCGAGCGGAACGGCUUCGAGGGCCCCAAUGCGUACUACCUCAACCACGACGUGAACCAGGUCUACUCGACGGAGGUUCCGAACGAGGGAUAUCUGCACUUCCCCGUCCUGUUCAUCGAGGCCAAGUGGGACACUAUUUGUGACACCGCCUUGUCGCGGCUGGGCGAGCCGAUGAGGGAGUACUGCAAGAACCUGACCGAGGUUAGCAUCGAGGCCGGCCAUUGGGUCGCAUUGGAAAAGCCGCAGGAGACAAACGCCGCCAUCGUGAGGUGGAUUGCAACGAAGCUGCCUCAUUACUUUCCGGGAUACUGGAAGACUCCUUUCGUCUCGAGUGUCUGA